AUCCCACCACCGAGACUAUAUAAUUUCACAUGAGCUCGACAAAAACGCCACAAAGCGCUGGCAACCCGAACUCUGAAAUUCUGAUGCUCAGCUGGUCCUCUGAUACCUAAAUGUGAAUCUGCAUUGAUUUCGGAGACGAGCAAAUAUAUACAUGAUGGAUGUCCUGCUGGCUCUGAGAGAUCUCCUUCAGCUGUCAACGCAAAGUGUGUUACUGUCGCUGCUGGUGUGUUUAAUGCUCAUGUUCCGGCGUCGGCAGCUGGUACCGGGUCCGUUCCCGUGGCCAGUCAUCGGUAACGCCACUCAGCUCGGUAACUCUCCUCACUUAUACUUUAGCCGAAUGGCUCAGAAAUACGGCGACGUGUUUCAGAUCAAACUGGGAAGCAGAAAUGUGGUGGUUCUGAACGGAGAAGCGAUCAGAGAGGCGCUCGUUAAAAAAGCGACCGAUUUUGCAGGCAGACCCGACUUUGCUUCAUUCCGGUUCGUGUCCAAUGGGAAAAGCAUGGCUUUCGGCAACUACAGCCCGUGGUGGAAACUGCACCGGAAAGUCGCGCAGAGCACCGUCAGAACUUUCUCCACAGCCAACAUCCAAACCAAGCAGACCUUCGAGAAGCACAUCGUGAGCGAGAUUGGAGAGCUCAUCCGUCUUUUUCUCAAUAAAUCCCGCGAGCAGCAGUUUUUCCAGCCGCACCGGUAUUUGGUGGUGUCGGUGGCGAACACGAUGAGCGCCGUGUGCUUCGGCACCCGGUACGCGUACGAUAAUGCCGAGUUCCAGCAGGUGGUGGGCAGAAACGACCAGUUCACCAAAACAGUCGGAGCCGGGAGCAUCGUGGAUGUGAUGCCCUGGAUGCAGUACUUCCCAAACCCCCUCAGAACCCUCUUUAACCAGUUUAAAAAGCUCAACGAAGAGUUUUGCGCGUUCAUUGAUUUUAAAGUGGCGGAGCACCGAAAGACCAUUUCACCGAGCCUCGUCCGUGAUAUGACUGACGCCUUCAUCGUCGCUCUGGACAAGGGGCUGUCCGGGGGCUCGGGGGUCUCUCUGGAUAAGGAGUUCGUGCCGCCGACCAUCUCAGAUAUUUUCGGGGCCAGUCAAGACACCCUGUCUACAGCUCUCCAGUGGAUCAUCCUGUUACUUGUCAGGUAUCCAGAAAUCCAGAAGCGUCUCCAGGAGGACGUGGACAGAGUAGUGGAUCGCAGUCGUCUUCCAACCAUCGCAGACCAGCCUCAUCUUCCAUACCUGAUGGCCUUCAUCUAUGAAGUCUUGCGAUUCACUUCAUUCAUCCCUUUGACGAUCCCCCACAGCACAACCACAGACACAUCCAUUAACGGUUACCCCAUUCCCAAAGACACCGUCAUAUUUGUCAACCAAUGGUCUUUGAAUCACAACCCAACAAAAUGGGACCAACCUGAGGUGUUCAACCCACAGCGCUUUCUGUAUGAGGAUGGAUCCCUCAACAAAGACCUGACCACCAAUGUGGUCAUCUUCUCACUCGGCAAGCGAAGAUGCAUUGGAGAAGACGUGUCUAAAAUACAGCUUUUCCUCUUCACGUCCCUGCUGGUCCAUCAGUGUAGUUUUAAAGCUGAAAGCACUCCCAAUAUGGACUACGAUUAUGGGCUCACGCUAAAACCCAAACUAUUUAAAGUGUCUGUCACAGCUCGUGACAGCUCAGACCUGCUGGACAGCUUGGUAGGGCCAUCUCAGACUCCUACAGAAGAGAGACAGAAAUAUGUUUGAAGUGAAAUCAAAUGCACAUGACUUUGCCAAAUGAAGGCGGCUAAAGAAACAAACACUGAAGAAUAUCUCACAUCUACUCUUAUCACUGUAUUUAUAGUUGUCAUACUCAGGCACAAACGUUUUCUUGCUCUGAUUGAGCUACAGGAACAAGAACACACUCAGUUAUUACUGUAACUGCGUGAUGCACUGAUUUUCGCUGUAUAACGGGAAGCAAAAGCUACAGAACUGGACUUUGUGUGCUGGUUUACUUUACUCAGACGAAUACAAGCUUCAAUGUUUGACUUUAAUGAGUUCUGACAGAUUUACAUGCAUAGCAUUUAUUCAGUCAAAAAUCUGUGGCUGCAUCCGAAAUGGCCCCUAUAUACCCUUAAAGAGUGCACCAUUUGUAGUGUCUAAAACCAUAGUUGACGUUCUGUAGUGCACUCAAUCAAUCCCACAAUGCACCUCAAUAGCUAAUGCACAACUGAUGGCCACACAAUAGCCGCAUUUCCACUGUCGGGUCAGUACGAGCCAGGGCUUUUAUCAGGCAGGAGCUUUAGCAGAGAGGUCGAAAUCAUGCCACGUUUCCACUAUCAGGCCAAUAGCUCGCAGCGCAGCAUGCAGACCCCGCCCACAGAAGUCACACAACCCGCCCAGUUCAGCAGGAAGAUUCAGAAGAAAGUCAAAUCAGAAUCAGCUAGAUAAAGUACACCAUCAUUAUCAUCACGAAGAGAUUAAAAUGGAGACAAACGAAACAAGCAAAUUACACGUUAGCAUUACAUUGUGUAAACGAAUAGGCCUUGUAUUUUCAUUCAGUGUAAUUCGUUUACUCGCAGACCGACUGGCAUCAUAACAUCAAGCGGUGUCACCACAAACGGAGGGAUGACCCGGCGCGCGAUUAAUAAUUUAAUGCUAGCAAUGGCUAGAUCAUAGGUCUCAAACUCAAUUCCUGGAGGGUCGCAGCUCUGCACAGUUUUUCCUCCAACCCUAAUCAAACACAGCUGAUCCAAUUAAUCAAGGUGUUCAAGAAUAAUCCUUGAUUAGUUAGAUCAGUUGCGUUUGAAUAGGGUUAAAGCUAAACUGUGCAGAGCUGCGGCCCUCCAGGAGUUUUUUUUUGAGACCACUGAGCUAGAGCAUACUCAUAACGCACUGUGAGAGUUUGAGUGCCGGAUGACUUACCGUGUGGCACCACCAGAUGGCAUCAACGGCAGAAUCCUAUAGUGUCUGAAGAAAAUUAAUUGUUAAAUUAGCAUUUGUAUACAUGACCGCAAUCAAAAUAACUUGUUUCAUUACUAACUGACAGUUUGCUUGGAGUUCGAUAACUAUCACAGGGUCUGACCAAAAUCUAAUCUGUCUGAGAGAUUUAUAGACCAGCAAAGCGCUAAAGUGCUCUUAUUAAUCCAUUCGUUUCAUACAUUCCUUUAAGUGGACUAAGUUAUUGGACUUAUGUAGAGAAUGAGGAUAUAGGGGCUGAUUUUGGAUGCAACCUGUAUGUUACCAAAUAGCAAUUCUACAGUAGCUAGACAACACAUAUUUGGAGCGUUCACACUUGUGAUUUUGGUAACACUUUAUUUUGCCGCCCCUUACUCUUUCUCAAGUGCUAAAAAAGUUUGAGUUUUUUUAUUCUGCUGAACACAAAGGUAGAUAUUUUGAAAAAUGCUGUAAACAAAUGACAUCCCUAGGAGAAAUAAACUAAUGCUAUGGAAGUCAAUGGUUACUUAUUCCAACAUAUCCUCUCUCUGUGUUUAACAGGAGAUAGAAAAUUUACCAGGUUUUUGACAAAUGAGUGAUGCGUAAAUAAAAUAAUGAUCAUUUUUUGGGUGAACUAGCCAUUAAGAACUGCUCUGCUAUAUUUUAAAUGACUGCAUUUAGCAUAAAGUACUUCUUCACUUAGUGUCCUUUAGCUCAAAGCAGCCCUAUGCUGCAUUAUUAAUGUCACUAUGUACUGCUCAUAUAAUGAGAAAUUUGUACAGUAUGAUCUUACAGCACUUUAUUGUUCUUCUUAAUCACCGUGCUCCUUAAUACCAUUUCCUGAUUCUCACUACGGCAUUGUUGAAGUCUGUGCCUUGUUAUUAUGGACUUCUUAGCAUUAAUCUAUAAUUAACUAAUAAACGCAAGCAGGCAACCCUCCAUUGUGCUCCUGCAACCUCCUUCCUAAUGAAAUACUGUCAGGAGAAUCUCACAGUGGCUCACAGGAAGAGAAACUAUUCUGGACAUCUAUCUAAGACUAUUUUAAGUUGAAUGUGAUACUUCAUUUCUGGCGCAUGAUCAUGUGUGGUCAGAAAGGAAAUGUAUUUUGUGUCCCUCGGGUCCUUUUCAGUUAGGGGAUUCCUGAAGGGAAAUUUCAGGGUUUGUUAAUUAACAUGAAUAGAAUGUGUUAUGGUUAUUAAUUUGCUUGUUUCUAACUGCUGAAAUAAAUAUAUAUAUAUAUAUAUGAACUUUUAUAGCACUGUACGAUCUGCUGUAAUACACUGUUGUUUAUAGGCUGCUGAACUGUAUUAGACAUGCUAUGUAUUUUAUGUGUAAAAGAUUAUUUGUAAGCUUGUAACAAAAUGCAAAAUUGCUUAUAUUUUUCUACUUCAUAACUGCUCAGAUUUA